AUGUGCGCUCGGCGAUAUCUUUUAUCACAAAUAAAACAUGCAAUUAGUUUUUAUAAUCUACAUAUAACACCUGAAUUACACUUAUAUGCUGUAAAAUCAUUACGUGAUUUACUAUUGAUGGGUAUAGAACUAUUAACCGAGAAUACAAUGAUACAAGUUAUAUCCUUAUUAAAACAUAAUCGUACACCGUUGAGAGAUUUAGGUGCUGAAUAUUUUGAUAAACCGGGAUGGUUAGAUUUAGCAUAUUUUGGUGAUUCAGUUUAUGGUGUCAGUACAAAUACUGUACUAUUUUUAUGGGUAUUCUAUUGUUUUUUUCAUGGAAGACACGGUAUGAGCGUAUUACAAAAAGGUGUCAGGUGUUUAACGAUGGCACGUGCAUUGAGGGUUAUUACUUUUUCCAUCACGGUUCUACCAAAUCCAAAUGAAGAGUGUAGUUUUACGGGACCAAUCGAUCCGUUUAAUCUCAGUCCUGGUGGUGCCUGUAAUGAUUUGUUAUAUAGUGGUCAUGUUAUUGUCUACACGAUAUCAGCAAUUGCUGUUACCAUUCUUUGUCAACAUUAUCCGUUUUUACUCUUAAGACUACUCGUCCGAUUUUUUAUUUGGUUUCAAUUAUUUCAACGUAUUAUUCGUGCUGUUGUGGAAAAACAUCAUUAUUCUGUCGAUAUGUUUCUAGGACUGUGUAUAACGACUCUGAUAUGGCAUUCAACUGUGCUCUAUAAGGAUUUACCACAGUUACCUCCUCGGCUGUUACAACAUUUAAAAACGCUUGUGUUUCCCUAUGAUGACCCAGAAGUUGAUAGACAGUUGAAUGAUGUGAUGAUACUCAUAAAACGAAUCAAAAGGAAUCCCUAUAGAGCGAUAGUAUCAUUGAUAGAAUCAGAGAUUUUUGUUAGGCAAGUACAUAUCAAACAAGUGUAA